AAACGAGUUUAAAGUGGCAAGUGUUGAUUGAAACUACUCAAAUUUCUUGAGUUUGGCAGUGCCCAAGAGCUAUAUAAAUAAUCGUUGUAACCGAGUCAAGCCAGUAUUGAAAUCACAGCUUUGAAUAUCUGUCUCUCGCAAGAAAAGAUAAUAAUGAUGCCGAAUUUUGUCGUUUUGUUGUCGUACGCGACUUACCUGUUAGCAGUUACACAAGCAGAAACGUAUUUAGAAAGAUUAAGAAAUAUUGGAAGUGUUGAAGAAUUCCUCGCUAUGGUAGUUAAAGAUGGCCAACCCAUGUCUAUUGAAGAUGUUUAUCCAUAUGCGGCAGCUAACAGCCCUAGCGGCGAGAAAGAAUAUAUUAGCGGAGGUUUGGUUCUUGCUGCUCCUGAUGAGUGUUCCCCGAGACCAAUGGCGGUGGAGAUUCCGAGGGCUCCAGGUGAUACAGCCAAUACGAUAUACUGGCCGGAAUGCACGAGGGUCAUGCGAUGUGGAGGGUGCUGCCCUUCAGCUAAGCUUGCGUGUGUAGCUGAUGAAGUUGAAACCACAGUACUUCAUGUCCUAAAAGCAAUUGCCAGAGAAGAGGGUUCGUUACAUCUAGACUGGGUUGGUCCAUUGGCUGUAAAUAUUCCGAUUCACAGAUCAUGUCGAUUGCAAUGCAGGUUGACUUCAAGGGACUGUAAACCUAACCAAAGGUUUAUUUCCGAUGAAUGUAGCUGUGUUUGUCGACAUCAAUACAUAUGCAACAACCCCAGACAAAGGUGGAAUAGCGAGAGUUGUACUUGUAUCUGUCCAGGAAGUCGAGAUUGUGGGCGUAAUACCGUAUAUGACGAAAACCAAUGCAGGUGUGUAAUUUUAGAAGAAGCACAAGAGGCUAAUAUUGCUCUCGGGGGAACUAUGAGCCAAGCGGACAUAGAUGCAUACCUGUUAGAAAAUAACGGAAGUAUUGAUAGUGCCCAAGGACUACCCACAUUAGCUCCAACCACACCUACCACAACAACUACAACUACCACAACCACCACCCCUGCUCCGACAGUCAACAAUGAUCCAUGCUUCGAUGUUCGCUGUCCGACAUUUUGGCGAAAAGAAAUGAGAAAUGGGCGUUGUUUGUGCCAGCCUAGAUAUGGUUGAUAAUAUCAGCCCAUAUAACUAACGUUAUAGUGCCAAAGAUUUUGUAUUUAGUUUAGUAUUUUUGAUUUCAGUACUAUUUACUCACGACAAUGGUAUACUUAAAGAAUGUGCCAAAUUUAUUUUUAAUUAAUUUAUUCUAAAUUCUAAAGUAGUUUAAUAUACUAAGUUUUUUAAUUUGUUUUUAUCAGUCGGACUUUUUGCGUCAUUCGUUUCGCUUUGGUAAAGAAGUGAUUAGAUUAUCGGGUAUCUAGGCUUUAAUUUGCCUCUUUUAUAUAAUGGCGAUAUUCCAUUUGGCAUAAGAAAUGGGGUCAACGCCCAAUCGUAAAAGAUGGAUAAAACAGAUGUUAAAAUUUAUAUACAUUAACACAAACUCGUUUACAUGUAUCGGUAACAUAUAAAAGCAAAUGGGUGCAAUGACAUCGAUAAAUUUUCAGUUGAUAAGCUGAAAGCACGGUUAUGUUGGUUAUAUGUAUAUUAGUAGACUAUACUUGAUUUAAAAAUAGUAUUUACAUAGUUAAAGCAAGACUACGAGAAUAUCAACUCCAUAUUCCUCUGGAUGAAACUAAACAAUUUGUACAGUUUAUAGCCCCAAAUAAUUACUAAAACCUAAAUUGUUUUAAUGGGAUUUAAAAUAUACACACAAAUACAUGUAUGAUGUACAUUUAUUGUUUAUUAUUGAGUGAUGUUUCGUCCAUGAAUGCCAUGGUGCUCUGGUCUGUGAAACAAAAGCAACAGCUGAUGAACAAUCAGAAACAUACCACCAAUUACCUUCAAGGUAAAUUAGUGGUGGUAGAUAUCUUCUCUUCCAAUCAUAUUUGAAAACUUUAUUUCUUUAUUUCGUUUCGUAGGCUAUUUAUACGUCACAGUAUCGAAAAGGUCGCUAGAUAUAAUUUGGGUUACGUCCUGGGUUAGGGUUAACCCUAAAUUUCGUUAACAUUGCGUUCACUAACCCUAUUCACAAUUCGUGACCUUUGACGAAAUCUGCAAUGGUUCUUGACUUUUAGCCUUUACAAGAUUUAUCAGAUGUUCCGUUUCGACGACUGCAACGAAUUUGAUGCAAACAGUACAGUAUAUACUGGAAUGACCGAGACUAUCAGAUGUUGAGUAACAAAAUAAAUUGUACUAUGGAAUAUAAAACGAAUUGAAAAAAGUCAGGUUUUCUAUAAAAUAAUUUAAAACUGCUAUACUAAUAGUAAUCUGGAAGUAUAUAACACUGGGUUAUUUUUGUCGUGACAUUUCAUCAUUUAUAUAGAGCUAUAUUAGGCUAUCGGGUAAAAAUUUGUUAGACGGUUGACAUGGUUAUGUGUAAAUUUAAAAUGUAUAUACCAGGUUUUGUGAAUGUUGUGUUAUUUAGGUGAAUGUAAAUAUUAGAUACCUAAUUAAGAAGAGGGGCCUCGUUGUGGUUAUGAUAACUAAUAAAGAAUAAGAUCUUAUACAAGUUGUUAAAGUA